AUGGCCGCCGACCUCGUUAACCGCUCCGGAAUCCCCCCUGAGCUGCUCCCGAGAUCCUCCGGGUUGGCUUCCGGGAGUUCACCAUGGCAGCUACGAGACGUCGUCCCGGGUCCAACCACAGAAUGGUCUGCAUGGCAGUAUGUAAUCGCCUUGUUGCUUGGACUGGUAGUCUAUGACCAAGUUAUAUACCUGUACCGAAAAGGUUCUAUCACGGGCCCUCGGUUCAAAGUUCCCCUCACCGGACCCUUUAUCCAGGCACUACAUCCAAAGUUCGAAUCCUAUCUAGCACAAUGGGCGAGCGGACCACUUAGCUGCGUCUCCGUCUUUCACAAAUUCGUUGUCCUCGCCUCCGACCGCGAUCUCGCCCACAGGGUCUUCAAAUCCCCGACGUAUACUGAACCGUGCAUCGUGCCACUCGCAAAAGACAUCAUUGGCCACAAGGCAUGGGUGUUCCUCCAGGGCAAAACCCAUGCCGAGUACCGACGGGGACUGACUCCCCUCUUCACCAACAAAGCCAUGGCCACCUACCUCCCCGCCCAGGAAAGGGUGCUGGCCGACUACUUCGACAAGUUCGUCGCGGCCAGCAAGGCCAACCACAACCAGCCCCUCCCCUUCAUGACCCUGUUCCGGGAAAUCAACUGCGCCCUCUCCUGCCGCACCUUCUUCGGCGACUACAUCUCCCCGGCGGCCGUCAAGAAGAUCGCCGACGACUUCUACCUCGCCACGGCAGCCCUCGAGCUGGUCAACGUGCCCUUCUCCAUGUACAUCCCCUUCACCAAGCCCUGGCGCGGCAAGCGGACCGCCGACGCCGUGCACGCCGAGUUCGCAAAGUGUGCCGCCGCCUGUAAGCGCAACAUGGCCACGGCGGGCGCCGUCCCGACCUGCAUCGUCGACCACUGGGUGCUGCACAUGUUCGAGUCGAACCGCUACCGCGAGCGCGUCGCCGCGGGUGAGGUCGAUGCCGAGAAGCCGCCGAACUUGAUUCGCGAGUUUACCGAUGAGGAGAUCUCCGAGACGCUGUUUACGUUUUUGUUCGCUUCCCAGGACGCCUCGAGCAGCGCUACCACCUGGCUGUUCCAGAUCCUUGCGCAGCGCCCCGAUGUCUUGGAUAGGCUGCGCGAGGAGAACCUCGCCGCAAGGGGCGGGGACAGGAAUAAGCCGUUUGAUUUGCCCAUGUUGGAGUCGCUGACUUACACCGCGGCUGUCGUGAAGGAAUUGCUCCGGUACAGGCCGCCCGUCAUCUUCGUCCCGUACCUGGCGACGAAGCCCUUCCCCAUCACCCCUGACUACACGGUUCCCAAGGGUGCCAUGGUCAUCCCCUCGUGUUAUCCCGCGCUGCACGACCCGAAGGUGUAUCCCAACCCGGACAUGUUUGAUCCGGAUAGGUGGAUCACCGGGGAUGCCGAGUCCAAGACCAAGAACUGGCUGGUGUUUGGCGCUGGGGCGCAUGAUUGCCUAGCGAGGAGGUAUGUGCCGCUCACUAUGGCGGCCAUGAUUGGGAAGGCAGCCCUGGAGUUGGACUGGAGGCAUGUGGCUACGGAGAAGUCGGAAGAGAUUCGCGUCUUUGCGACCUUGUUCCCUAUGGAUGGUGCACAGUUGGUGUUUGAGAAGCGGGAGAAAUAGGAGCGGUGCUUGAUGAGAGGAAUUGGGAUACUCGGGGACUAUCACCAUACGAGACACUCACUCACGAUCAAGCCGGC